AUGAACUCGACCGAAGCUCCCGCUACGCUCACAGCAUUAAAGGAGAAGUAUGCUGAAGAGCGUAGCAAACGGCUCCGUUCAGAUGGAACCGCUCAGUAUCUAAAUGUUCGCUCCCCAGAAAUCCAGGAUCUGGCACAAGAUCCUUGGGUGGACUACGAAGCUAUCGCGAGUCAGGAUGCGCCCUUGAAACCCGGUGGCAGCAUAAAAUUCCUCAUCGUCGGUGCCGGACACAAUGGUUGUUUAUUCGCCGCUCGCUUGAUGGAAGCUGGGUUUCGCCGUGAGGAUAUCGUUCUUGUUGAUAUUGCGGGCGGGUAUGGAGGCACCUGGUACUGGAACCGCUACCCGGGCCUAAUGUGCGACGUCGAGGGCUAUUGCUACCUUCCAUUGUUGGAAGAGACAGGAUAUAUCCCAAAACAUAAAUACUCAUUCGGGGCCGAGAUCAGAGGCCAGUCAGAACGGAUUGCCGCCCAGUACCGCUUCCAGGCCAUGUUUUGCACGAAGGUUGACAAGCAGGUCUGGGACGAGACCAAAGGCCGCUGGAUUGUCGAUCUAACCCAAUCUCUGGGUCACGUACGACAACCGACUCAGAUCACUGUGGAUGCUCAGUUUGUGCUCCUUGCGGGUGGUAUACUCGCUAUUCCGAAAAUCCCCAACGCGCCGGGCUUUGCCGAAUUCCGCACAAGCCACAAGGUAUUUCAUACCUCUCGGUGGGAUUAUGCUGUCACUGGAGGCAGCGAGAAACAGCCAGAUAUGGUCAACUUGCGAGAUAAACGCGUCGCAAUCAUCGGUACUGGGGCGACGUCGGUCCAGGCGACGCCGCAUCUUGCGAAGUGGGCGAAGCAUCUCUAUGUGAUCCAACGAACGCCAUCGUACUGCGGAGAACGAGGACAGAGAGAAACAACACCCGCAGACUGGAAUGAGAUAGCCGAUGGGCCUGGUUGGCAGCGCCGCCGGGUUAGAAAUCUAAACAGUUACUUGACUGCAGAUCCGGAGUCCGUUGAUCUAGUCAAUGAUGGCUGGUCCCAGAACCAAGCCCGAGCUGGCCUGAUAGGCAGUAGCUCCAGAUUAGUGGAUCCCGAAUCAGUGGAGGAGCAUUACAACAAAUUGGUUGAAAUGGACCUCCCUUUCGCUGAAGCACUUCGUGCCCGCAUUGAUCAGUUGGUGAAAGACCCCGACACAGCCGAGAAGCUGAAACCCUGGUAUCCCGGAUGGUGCAAGAGACCUACAUUCAACGAUGACUAUCUAGAGGCUUUCAAUAAGGACAAUGUCAGCCUUGUGAACACAGAUGGCAAGGGGAUCGAGAGUUAUACAACACGAGGUAUUGUGGUUGCGAACCAGGAGCUUGACAUUGAUGUACUUGUAUUGGCUACGGGCUUCAGCACGGCGUCUCAGUACACUCCGGCUGGUCGACAAAAUGCCCCUAUCAUCGGUCGUGGAGGUCGACACAUUGAUGACAAGUGGGACAACCCAGACUUUGGGACAAUAUUUGGUAUCGCUUCGCAUGACUAUCCUAAUUUCUUUUCCUAUCACAGUAGAGGAACGGCAAGCUCGUUCAAUAUGACCUCUGCGUUCGAUGCAGCAGCUCGUUUGGUAGCCUAUAUCGUUCGUGAAGCAUCACAGCAAUCCGAUGACCCGGGGAAGCUGAUCAUUGAGGCAUCCAAAGAGGCCGAGGAUAGGUGGACUGAUGAGGUAGCAAAGAGGGCAGCAUGGUUUUCCGUAGUUGUGAGAUGUACGCCGUCGUAUUUCAAUCGGGAGGGAGAGGGAUCGGCUUCACAAUUAUCGCCCCAGGAGUCUGCGCGAAAGGCUAGGAAAGCUGCCUGGGGUUCGGGUAUCAAUGAUUACGAGCGUGUCACUGAAGCAUACAUGAAAAGGGUUGAAAAAAGGCUUGAGGGCUUUAUUCUCACUCAAGCCUCUAUAUAA